CGGCGCCUCUGCGGUGCUGGAGCGCCGAGGGCUCGCCGGGUGGCGGAAGCGGCGUCCAAGGGUCGGCUGAAGGGAGCCAGGAGCGGGAGGAGGCGGCGGCGAGGCCGGCGAGGCCUGCGGGCGGCAUGGCUGCAGCUCCGGACGGUGGCGGGCCAGGCCCCGCGGCGGGCGAACCGCUGCUGCAGCGACGCGACUCCGGCCAGGGCUCGCCCGAGCCGCCGGCCCACGGGAAGCCCCAGCAGGGCUUCCUCUCCAGCCUCUUCACCCGGGACCGGAGUUGCCCGCUCAUGCUCCUGAAGACGCUAGAGACGAAUCCAUAUGUCAAACUUCUACUAGAUGCUAUGAAACACUCAGGCUGUACUGUUAACAAAGGGAGACACUUCUCUUGCGAAGACUGUGAGGGAAACGUCAGCGGAGGGUUUGAUGCUUCAACGUCUCAGAUUGUUUUGUGCCAGAAUAACAUCCGAGAUCAGGCUCACAUGAGCAGAGUUGUCACCCACGAGCUCAUCCACGCGUUCGAUCACUGUCGGGCUCAUGUCCACUGGUUUACCGAUGUCAGACAUUUGGCGUGCUCGGAGAUCCGAGCCGCAAGCCUCAGCGGAGACUGUUCUCUUGUGAACGAAAUCUUCAGGUUGCAUUUUGGAUUAAAACAACACCAUCAGACUUGUGUGCGGGACAGAGCUGUUCUUUCCAUCUUGGCUGUUCGGAACAUCAGCAGAGAAGAGGCCCAGAAGGCUGUGGAUGAUGUUUUUGAGUCUUGUUUCAAUGACCGUGAGCCUUUUGGCAGGAUCCCACAUACUAAGAUAUAUGCCCAGUAUGCUCAUAGGGACUUUCAGAACCGUCAUCGCUAUUACUCGAAUAUAUGAAGAUGGUGGCCUUUCGUAUCUUUGAGCAUCAGGGUCAGGAGGGAAAUGCGGUUCUUAUGCACAAAUGUAUACAAUGUAAAUGAUCAGUUAGGCAUUUAGCUAAAGUCCAGGAGGUGAAAUGUUCUCGGCACAGAAUGUAUACAAUGUAAAUGUUCUCAGCACAGAAUGUAUACAAUGUAAAUGUUCUUGGGUACAAAGUGUAAUGAUUGGUUAGGCACAGUGGAUCCAGAUUGUGUACAGUGUAAUUGAUGGGUUAGCCAAGGAUCCAGAAUGUAUACAAUGUAAAAAAAGUGCAGAAGGCACUGGCUGGUUUUAGCAUUUGAUUACAAAAAAUAAAUAAUGGCAAAAAAGGAACUCCUUGCACUGCAAGGCAAAAAUUGAAUCUUUAUAGCUAAUCAUUUUAGUAAAUAGGUAAAUGAAUGAUAUUUUUGUGUUUUUCACAGUAUGCUUAUUUUUUAAUGCUUUAGUUUUAUAAUUUGUAAUUUUUAUUAUAUGAGAUUUUAAAUUUGAUAUGAAAUCUGUGACGCAUGCUCCUGUGUGGUGGUAGUGGGAGAGAAGUUAGUAUUUGCAUACAAUGAGAUGACCACAUUAUAGGACAUUUGUGAGGUGCUGUCAUGAUUAAAAUGCAAAGAAUGAAAGUUGGGAA